ACCAAAGCCCCCCCCCCCCCCCCCGCGCGCCCUCCCCCCUUCUGAGAGAGAGCGCGAGCGAGAGAGAGAAAGGGGAGUUCUUAUUUCUUCUUCCUUGAACCGGAUUGAUUGCGGACUGAAUCUGGAUCGUUUCCUUCCUCUUCGGGGAAGCGGGGUUUGCCGCUGCGGGACCAGAGCCGAGUCCGACGAACCGGUUUAAGACGUCGGAACAAAACAGAAAAGGGGGACGUUUGCUGGUCUCCCUCUCCCCCCCCCUUCCUCCUUUGUCAUUCAUUUUUCCACCGCUGCGGUGUCAAGUUGGAGCUCUGCUGGGCAAUGGACGAACCCCUCUAAAGAAACCCUCCGCCUCCCGACACCGCCCGCAGGACAGGACACGGCCGAGGUCGCCCCCACCACCACCCGAGCGGAGUGACCACAACAUGUUUACUCGCCUGUUUCCAUGGUAACCCCAGCGGAGCACGCACGUCCGGGUCAGGAGUCAACCACGCUACCCACAGUUCCUGUGAGCUGAGCGCCGGUCUAACGCUUAGAAUAAAAUAGACAAGGACCACUGAGGGGAAAUAAGAACUUGACAAACAGCAACGAGGACCCCGCCGUGAAGAGGACCAACAUGGCCAACAACACGGCGGACCACCCUGCGGGGAAUUCGGUCGCAGAGGGCAACCAUGACGGGGACUUCGGGGUGACCGUGAUGGAGCUGAGGGAGCUGAUGGAGCUGCGGAGCGCUGAGGCCGUCAGCAAGAUACAGGAAGCGCACGGAGACGUGCAGGGCAUCUGCCGGCGCCUGAAGACGUCGCCCAUAGAAGGUCUGUCCGGUAACCCCGUGGAUUUGGAGAAACGCCACGCCUCGUACGGCCAGAACUUCAUCCCCCCCAAGAAGGCCAAGACCUUCCUGCAGCUGGUGUGGGAGGCUCUGCAGGACGUCACGCUCAUCAUCCUGGAAAUCGCCGCCAUCAUCUCGCUGGGCCUGUCCUUCUACCAUCCACCAGGGGGCGACAGUGAAGCAUGCGGCGAGGUCGCAGGAGGCGUGGAGGACGAGGGCGAGUCCCAGGCCGGUUGGAUCGAGGGCGCCGCCAUCCUGUUCUCGGUCAUCAUCGUCGUCCUGGUGACUGCCUUCAACGACUGGUCCAAGGAGAAGCAGUUCCGCGGGCUGCAGAGUCGCAUCGAGCAGGAGCAGAAGUUCACCGUCAUCCGCAAAGGCCAAGUGAUCCAGAUCCCCGUGGCCGAGAUGGUGGUGGGAGACAUCGCCCAGAUCAAAUACGGAGACCUGCUGCCCGCCGACGGGAUCCUGAUCCAAGGCAACGACCUGAAGAUCGACGAGAGCUCCCUCACCGGGGAGUCCGACCAAGUCCGAAAGUCCCUGGAGAAGGACCCCAUGCUGCUGUCCGGGACCCACGUGAUGGAGGGCUCCGGCAGGAUGGUGGUGUCGGCCGUCGGCCUCAACUCUCAAACCGGCAUCAUCUUCACUCUGCUGGGCGCCGGCGACCACGACGAAGAGAAGAAGGUCAAGAAAAGUAAAAAACAAGGACCCCCCGAAAAUCGCAACAAAGCCAAAACCCAGGACGGCAUCGCCCUGGAGAUCCAGCCGCUGAAGAGCGAGGAGGCCGCCGAGUCGGAGGAGAAGGAGGAGGCCAAGCCGGUGAAGAAGGUCAACGUGACGAAGAAGGAGAAGUCGGUGCUUCAGGGCAAACUGACCAAGCUGGCGGUGCAGAUCGGGAAGGCCGGACUGAUCAUGUCGGCCGUGACCGUCAUCAUCCUCAUCCUCUUCUUCGUGAUCGACAAUUUCGGGAUCCAGGGUCGCUCCUGGCUGGCCGAGUGCACCCCCAUCUACAUCCAGUACUUCGUCAAGUUCUUCAUCAUCGGCGUGACCGUGCUGGUGGUGGCCGUUCCAGAGGGGCUGCCGCUCGCCGUCACCAUCUCUCUGGCCUACUCGGUCAAGAAAAUGAUGAAGGACAACAACCUCGUGCGUCACCUGGACGCCUGCGAGACGAUGGGGAACGCCACGGCCAUCUGCUCCGACAAAACGGGCACGCUGACCAUGAACCGCAUGACGGUGGUGCAGGCCUAUGUCGGCGACACGCACUACAGGACCGUCCCCGAACCCGACGCCAUCAAACCGGAGACCCUGGAGGUCAUGGUCAACAGCAUCGCCAUCAACUCGGCCUACACCACCAAGAUCCUGCCUCCGGAGAAGGAGGGCGGCCUGCCCCGCCACGUGGGGAACAAGACGGAGUGCGCCCUGCUGGGCCUGGUGCUGGACCUGAAGAGGGACUACCAGCCAAUCAGAGAAGAGAUCCCAGAAGAGAAGCUCUACAAGGUUUACACCUUCAACUCCGCCCGCAAGUCCAUGAGCACGGUGCUGAAGAACGCCGACGGAGGUUACCGCAUGUACAGCAAAGGAGCCUCGGAGAUCGUCCUCAGAAAAUGCUCCAGCAUCCUGGACGCCCAGGGCCAGCCUCGCAACUUCAAGCCCAAGGACCGUGACGAGAUGGUGAAGAAGGUGAUCGAGCCGAUGGCGUGCGACGGCCUGAGGACCAUCUGCGUGGCCUACAGGGACUUCCCCGCCGAGGCCGGGGAGCCCAACUGGGAGAGCGAGAACGACAUCCUGAACGACCUCACCUGCAUCGUGGUGGUCGGCAUCGAGGACCCCGUGAGACACGAGGUACCCGAGGCCAUCUCCAAGUGCCAGCGCGCCGGCAUCACCGUGCGCAUGGUUACCGGGGACAACAUCAACACGGCCCGCGCCAUCGCGACCAAGUGCGGCAUCCUGCUGCCCGGAGAGGACUUCCUGUGCAUGGAGGGCAAAGAGUUCAACCAGCAGAUCAGGAACGACCAGGGAGAGGUGGAACAAGAGCGCCUGGACAAGGUCUGGCCCAAGCUGCGAGUCCUGGCUCGUUCCUCUCCGACGGACAAACACACUCUGGUGAAAGGUAUCAUCGACAGCCUGGUGGGGGAGACCAGGCAGGUGGUGGCAGUGACGGGAGACGGCACCAACGACGGCCCGGCGCUCAAGAAGGCCGACGUCGGCUUCGCCAUGGGAAUCGCCGGCACAGACGUGGCCAAGGAGGCGUCCGACAUCAUCCUGACCGACGACAACUUCACCAGCAUCGUCAAGGCCGUGAUGUGGGGGAGGAACGUCUACGACAGCAUCUCCAAGUUCCUGCAGUUCCAGCUGACCGUCAACGUGGUGGCCGUGAUCGUGGCGUUCACCGGCGCCUGCAUCACGCAGGACUCCCCCCUGAAGGCCGUCCAGAUGCUGUGGGUCAACCUCAUCAUGGACACUCUGGCGUCUCUCGCUCUGGCCACCGAGCCGCCCACCGAGUCCCUCCUGCUGCGCCGGCCGUACGGCCGCAACAAGCCGCUCAUCUCCAGGACCAUGAUGAAGAACAUCCUGGGCCACGCCGUGUACCAGCUGGUCAUCAUCUUCACGCUGCUCUUCGCCGGCGAGAAGAUUUUCGACAUCGACAACGGACGCAACACUCCGCUGCACUCGCCGCCGUCCGAGCACUACACCAUCGUGUUCAACGUGUUCGUCAUGAUGCAGCUCUUCAACGAGAUCAACGCCAGGAAGAUCCACGGGGAGAGGAACGUGUUCGAGGGCAUCUACAGGAACCCCAUCUUCUGCACCGUGGUGCUGGGGACCUUCGCCCUGCAGAUCGUCAUCGUUCAGUUCGGAGGGAAGCCGUUCUCCUGCACGGCUCUGACCAUCGACCAGUGGCUGUGGUGCGUCUUCAUCGGCGUGGGAGAGCUCCUCUGGGGACAGCUGAUCUCCGCCAUCCCCACCCACCGCCUGAAGUUCCUGAAGGAAGCCGGUCACGGCACCACGAAGGAGGAGAUGCACGAGGAGGAGCUGACGGAGGGCGCCGACGAGAUCGACCACGCCGAGAUGGAGAUGAGGAGAGGCCAGAUCCUCUGGUUCAGAGGUCUGAACCGAAUCCAGACGCAGAUGGAUGUGGUCUAUACCUUCCAGACGGGCCAGGCCCCGGUGCCCGGCGCUCUGCGCCGCCAGCCCUCCGUCGUCAGCCAGCACAAUGACAUUAAGGUGGUGAACGCGUUCCGUAGCUCCCUCUACCCGAUGGAGAGCCCAGAGUCCCGUAGCUCCAUCCACAGCUUCAUGUCCCACCCCGAGUUCGUCCCCCAGUCCGAGGAGGAGGCUCGCACCGUCACCAAGGAGGCCGCAGAGCAGGUCGACCCCCUCCCCAGCGCCUCCUCCGGGGCGGGGGGAGGAGGAGGAGACCCGCCCGCCGCCUUCGCACGCAGCCACGAGUCAUGCAUCUGAGCUGCCCCCCCCCCCACCCCCUUCCUCUUCUCCGUCUCCUCCCUCUUCUUCAUCAGCAUCAUCUGUCAUCCCACCAACUGAACUGUCGCACUUAGGAUGGAAGUCGCUCUGCAUCCCGUCAUUCUGCACGCAACACGCUUCACAUCAUCUUUGCCCCCCCCCCCUCAGUCGUUUCCGCCACGGUGCGUCUUUCAUACUGACUGUGGCGUCGUUCUGCCUGUAAGUUUGUUCCUCCACCAACAUCACGCACACACACGCACGCACGCACGCACGCACACGCACACACACACGUGCACCAGGGGGCGGAGUCUCUCCCUCUUUGUCCGCUGGUGUAUGUUUUCUACUCGACGAUCCCUUUGGAAAAGCUUUUGCGCUGCGUUGGGACUCAGCAGCACGCCGCCUUCCAUUCCCGCUCUCUCAAAAGACGGCACAGAACUCGCCAAAGGGUGCGGCGAGCGCCGUGUACAUACGCUCGUACCCCCCCGCGCCCCCACGCAGCUCACAGCGGGGGGGGGGGUCCGGGGACCACAAGAUUUUUAAGGCAAUUGCAAAAAUGUAACCUUUUUUGGUGGUGGUGGUGGUAUUUCUUUGUUUUGUCUGACGAAUGUUAAGCGACGUUUGAUUCGGGCGCCUGAGAAUGUCAACUGUUAAACGAAAUGGUCUUCCCUU